AAGAAAACCCUCGCCAUCACUCUCACCGGGGCACUCGACCAACAUAAAUCUCUUAUAAACCCUAGCAGGCGACACAGGCCACAGUCGUCAUCUUCGUCGACUAAACCGCCUCCAUCACCACAGUUCAUUCCGACUUCUUGAAAACCCUCUACGGAAACCCCAUAUCCCGACGGGUUUUCUGUCUUAAGUUGCACGUCUUCCAUCUUUCAUCCAUUCGAUUCGCCCUUUUCCAUUUUCCAGAUGGCUGCAUUGGCCGUCAUCAGAAACUCCAGUUGCCAGCGAAUCAGCCGCUUCUCAUCCGCCCAUCUGUACCAUUCAAUUUGCCCGCGCUCUGUACUGGGAGGCCAGGAAGCGCAGAUUAUUUUGACCGAGAAUGUGGGGAGGAAUGUCGAUGGAGGUUACUGGUGGCGGAGAUCGAUGGCCACCUUCACCCGGACGAAGCCGCAUGUAAACGUUGGGACUAUUGGGCAUGUUGAUCAUGGGAAAACUACUCUGACAGCAGCAAUAACUAAGGUAUUAGCUGAAGAAGGUAAAGCUAAAGCUGUUGCUUUUGAUGAAAUUGAUAAGGCUCCUGAGGAGAAAGCUAGAGGAAUCACCAUUGCCACGGCCCAUGUAGAAUAUGAGACAAGUAAAAGGCAUUAUGCUCACGUAGACUGCCCUGGACAUGCAGAUUAUGUCAAAAAUAUGAUAACUGGUGCUGCACAAAUGGAUGGUGGAAUUCUUGUUGUGUCUGCACCUGAUGGACCAAUGCCACAAACAAAGGAACACAUCCUUCUUGCUCGGCAGGUGGGUGUACCAUCACUCGUGUGCUUUCUAAAUAAGGUUGAUGCUGUUGAUGAUCCUGAGUUAUUAGAGCUCGUUGAAAUGGAGCUCCGUGAGUUGUUAAGCUUCUACAAGUUCCCCGGUGAUGAAAUUCCAAUUAUCAGGGGUUCUGCUCUCUCUGCACUACAGGGCACAAAUGAGGAAAUUGGAAAGCAAGCCAUUCUAAAAUUAAUGGAUGCGGUCGAUGAGUACAUACCCGAUCCCAUUCGUCAGCUUGAUAAACCUUUUCUUAUGCCCAUUGAAGACGUUUUUUCAAUUCAGGGGCGUGGAACUGUUGUAACUGGUCGUGUUGAGCAAGGAACAAUAAAGACUGGAGAAGAUGUUGAAAUUUUGGGAUUGAUGCAAGGCGGUCCUUUGAAAACUACCGUUACUGGCGUAGAGAUGUUCAAGAAGAUAUUAGAUUAUGGACAGGCUGGUGAUAACGUGGGCUUGCUUCUUCGUGGUUUGAAACGUGGGGAUGUUCAGCGAGGACAGGUAGUCUGUAAACCUGGUAGCGUGAAAACCUACAAGAGAUUUGAGGCAGAGAUUUAUGUUUUGACGAAGGAUGAGGGCGGUCGCCAUACAGCUUUCUUCUCAAACUACAGACCUCAAUUCUACUUCAGAACUGCUGAUAUUACUGGCAAGGUUGAAUUACCUGAAAAUGUUAAGAUGGUGAUGCCAGGUGAUAAUGUCACCGCCAUUUUUGAAUUGAUUUCGCAUGUUCCUCUUGAAGCAGGGCAAAGAUUCGCAUUGCGCGAAGGAGGAAGGACCGUUGGCGCCGGAGUUGUAUCCAAAGUCAUCAGUUGAUUAUUCAAAAAAUGUUUUGAACUUUCUUCUUUCAUGAUAAUGCCUCACAUUUUGCCAUUUUUCAUGGCCUGUUUUAAUUUAAAUUAGAGUGGGUUUCUUAUCUGUAGGAACUUGCAAAUUUUGAUUUUUAUUCUUUUUUUCCUCCU